AUGGAUGUGAAGUCAGCAUUCCUGAAUGGACCUAUAGAAGAAGAAGUUUAUGUUGCACAGCCACCUGGUUAUGAAGUGAAAGGUCAAGAGUUUAAAGUGUACAAGCUUAAAAAGAAAGAUGCUGCAAAGGGAAUAAUUGUAAUCUGUCUAUAUGUAGAUGAUUUGCUUAUCACAAGAAGCAAUGAAUCAUACAUUAGUGAAUUCAAGGGUGACUUAAGGAAGGAGUUUGAAAUGACAGAUUUAGGCCUUAUGACAUAUUUUCUGGGCAUUGAGUUUCUGACAAAUGAGCAAGGAAUCUUAAUGCAUCAAACCAGAUAUGCAUCAGAGAUCUUAAAGAAAUUUGAGAUGGACAAAUGCAAUGUUGCAUUGUCACCUGCUGAACCAAGGUCACAGUUGACAAAGUGUACAAAAGAAGAGGAUGUAGACCCUACAUUCUAUAGAAAACAGAUUGGUUCUCUAAGAUAUUUGUGCAACACAAGGCCUGAUUUGGCUUACAGUGUUGGAAUUGUUAGCAGGUUCAUGGAAAAGCCUAAAAGCUCACACCUAAUAGCAGUAAAGAGGAUACUUAGGUAUGUGAAAGGUACCAUAAACUAUGGUAUUAUGUUCCCUGCAAGUCACAGAAAGAAAGAAUGCGAACUAAUUGGCUAUACAGAUUCAAAUUGGUGUGGUGAUCAUGAAGAUAGAAAAUCAACUGCUGGUUAUAUGUUUUUCUAUGGUGGAGCACCAAUUUCAUGGUGUUCUAAGAAGAAACCUGUGGUAGCCCUAUCCUCCUAUGAAGCAGAGUAUAUUGCAGCAUCACUCAGCACUUGUCAGGCUAUUUGGCUGAAAAAUUUGAUUGAAGAGAUAAGCAAGGACAAGUGUGAAACAGUUACUUUGAAGAUUGAUAAUGUGUCUGCUAUAAACCUUGCAAAGAACCCUAUUGCUCAUGGCAGGAGCAAGCAUAUAGAGUUAAGGUUCCAUUACUUAAGAGAGCAAGUAAACAAUGGCAACCUGGCUCUGAUAGAUUGCAGAAGUGAAGAACAAGUUGCAGACUUGUUGACCAAGGCAGUGACAGUCCAAGUGUUUGAAAAAUUGAGAAGUGAAAUGGGAAUUGAGACAGUGGACAAUAUGAAUUAA